UAUAAAAGCGAGGCAGUAACUCCUCACCACACACACACACACACACACACACAUUGUACCUGGGUGACACCAUGGCUGAUGAUCCGCUGGUUGGGGCAGUGGACCAGGGGACGAGCUCCACAAGGUUUCUGGUGUUCAAUGCUAGAACCGCUCAGCUCGUCAGUCAGCAUCAUGUGGAGAUUAAACAGAGUUACCCCAAAGAAGGGUGGGUGGAAGAAGAUCCCAAGGAGAUCCUGCAGUCUGUGUACGAGUGCAUGGAGAGGACCAGUGAGAAACUCGCUCAGCUCAACAUUGACAUCACCAACAUUAAAGCCAUUGGAGUGACCAACCAGAGAGAGACGACGCUGGUGUGGGACAAAGAGACCGGAGAACCACUCUAUAACGCCAUCGUGUGGCUGGACUUGAGGACUCAGUCCACUGUUGAGCAUCUUAUUGAAAAAACUCCUGGAAAGAACAAAAACCACUUAAAGCAUAAGACAGGUCUCCCCAUCAGUACCUACUUCAGUGCAGUGAAGUUACGCUGGCUGAUGGACAACGUGGUGGAGGUGGACGAGGCCGUGCGCUCUCACCGCGCCAUGUUCGGCACCGUCGACUCCUGGCUCAUCUGGAGUUUAACUGGAGGGAAACACGGCGGCGUGCACUGCACAGACGUCACCAACGCCAGCCGCACCAUGCUGUUCAACAUACACACCAUGGAGUGGGACCUGGAUCUGUGCAGGUACUUUGAUGUUCCUGUCAACAUCCUUCCAGAAAUCAGAAGCUCUUCAGAAAUAUACGGUUACUUGAGCUCAGGUUCUCUGGCUGGUGUGCCCAUCUCUGGAUGUCUGGGUGAUCAGUCGGCUGCUCUUGUGGGACAGAUGUGCUUUAAAGAUGGUCAGGCCAAAAACACAUAUGGAACCGGCUGCUUCAUGUUGAAAAAUACCGGAGUCAAGCCUGUGAUGUCAGAACACGGCCUCCUCACCACUGUGGCCUACAAACUGGGAAAGGACAAACCUGCUCACUAUGCACUCGAGGGAUCGGUUGCCAUAGCCGGGGCAGUAGUGAGGUGGCUGAAGGACAAUCUGGGGAUCCUCAAAUCCUCUUCUGAAAUCGAAACGUUGGCUGCUGCAGCUGGUAUGUCUUACGGCUGUUAUUUUGUUCCUGCUUUUUCUGGACUUUAUGCUCCCUACUGGGAACCCAGCGCUCGGGGGAUUAUCUGUGGCCUGACGCAGUUCACAAACAGGAGUCACUUGGCGUUUGCAGCGUUAGAGGCAGUGUGCUUCCAGACACGAGAGGUUUUGGAUGCGAUGAAUCGAGACAGUGGAGCUUCGUUGACUCAGUUACAGGUGGACGGAGGAAUGACGGCUAACAAAUUACUCAUGCAACUGCAGGCUGAUAUCCUGUGUAUACCUGUUGUGAGACCCUCGAUGUCUGAGACCACUGCGCUGGGGGCAGCGAUGGCCGCUGGAGCAGCUGAAGGGGUCAACGUGUGGAGCAUAAAUCCUGAGGACAUGACCUGUGUGACCUCUGAGAAAUACCAACCUCAAAUCAAACCAGAAGAGAGUGAAUACCGAUACGCAAGAUGGAAGAAAGCUGUCCAGAGAGCCAUGAACUGGGAGACUGUGGAUCCACUUUCUAACGAGAAUGGUUACCAAAACCAGCAGUGAAAACUUGUGAAUCAGGCUGAAGACAUCUGCACGGCGGUCUUCACCAUAACCAGCCAAGUGACUUUUCCUCCUGAUUAAACGAGCGUGUGGCUCCGAGUGUGUGUGGCUCUGAGUGUGUGUGGCUCCAGAGUCUGAGUGCACCAUGUCUCCAUGUGUUUUGGACCCGGACAGCCCCGCCCGGUGCUCCCCCUGAAU